CCCGCAUCCCCUGAUUCGCGUUUCCGUCUGAGGGCGAGAUCCCUCCUUCGACCGCUGGAUCUCUAAUCGCCCAAGGGCCGUCCCCCUCCGGCGUGACUCGUGUAGCGGCCAGUGUGUGCCGUAAAUCAUCAAUCGGCAUCUGUCAUGCGAUGACUGCGACUCAGCCAGACUUACCUCCUUCAAUGUGUUAGCUCCCUCAGAUUCGUCGGGCGUGCCGCGCGGGCGCUGUGAGGCUCCGCAGCGUGAUGCAAGAUAGGGCGAGGUACAUAAGCAGGAUGUGGCGACGCGUCCAAUGCCACUUUCAACCCUGCCAGAAACCAUGUCUAGCCAGAGCGCAUACUACGCAGGCGGCGUGGCCCCGCGUCGCCCAUCGCACAGCCGCACGUCUUCGCGGGAUGGAUCGAGCUAUCCUGGUGUACAUCCGUACUCCCGUCCUUCGCCUGCUGGGGCAAGCAGCGCAAUGGACCACUACUUCGCUCCUACUUACCCAGCGUACCCUGCCCCACCAGCUGACGCGCGUUCUUGGGCUGCAUCACCAGCAAGUUCAUACUCGCUGUCGCCUGUGCAGAGUAUGCCACCCUAUGGAGCGGGCUCCUACGUCCACCCAUCGUUGGCCGUCGCCCACGCCGCUGCCAGUCCGUAUCCACCUGAGGACUCCUCUCCAACCAUCCAGGACCUUGAGGAGUUCCUGAACGAUCCUAAUCUCUGGACGCCACCCACGGCGGCGCAGUACAACUCGACAUACCGCUCCAUGGCUCCCGCCGCGCCCACGAGUGGCCCUCCCACGCCGCCAGAGAAGAUAUGCUGGCACUGCCGCACACGCACGACGCCGCUAUGGCGCCGCGACACACGCAUCCCGGGCCUUCUCUGCAACGCGUGCGGCCUCUACCUCUCCCAGCGCGGGAAGCUCCGCCCGCGCGAGCUCAUCGACGCGGACGACGACUCGGACGUCGUACGAGAGGCGAAUUACUCGGGCCCCGAGUGCACUCACUGCCACACUCGCACGACAAGCGUCUGGCGGCGGAACAAGGUCGGGGCACAGGUAUGCAACGCGUGCGGUGUCUACGAGCGGCUGAAGGGGAAGGAGCGUCCGCUGUCCCUGAGGCGGGACAAGAUCAGGCCUAGGAACACGGGCAAUGAUUAGACGCGUAGCUUCAAAGACGGAGGAUUCAACUUAUUACACGCCUAUGCUAUCCGCAGCGAUUGCCUGCUUCCUCGACUCAUUCUGGUUAAUUCAUAUGGUAUGCCACAAAUUCGGACUUUUUAGAUAGAUGGAUAAACGCCCUGGCCGUCUCUAGUAAGCAUAUAGCACAUAUAAACUCCUCAACCUGUACACACCUAUGUAUCCCUACAAUGUAACAAUUGGCUCGCUUCCCUGGCGCUGCCCCGACCUAUGUAUCCUCCGACGACAUGGGACUUCGCGAGACCCAGGUUGCGAACUGCCUAACGAAGGAUCUAUAGAUCAAGAUUGUCAGAACGACACCGAGACGGCGCCUUGCGAAUCCCUUGGCAACGUCGUGGGUCCGUCCUUCGCGGACCAUAUACGGACAACGCGCACUUCAAUCGGGGCUUCGAGGUCGACCCAUGCGGAUGAGACGCUAUUGAAGGGCCGAGCAGCAUACAGAA